AACCUUUUACCUCCAAAAAGGGCUUCUUCAUUGAGUUCGCUGCUCGGCCAGUUUUUGCGCCAUCCAUUCCUUCAUACAUUCAUUCAUUCAUUCUCUUCACAAAAACCCCCAAACGCACUCUCGCUGCUUGUUCAGCCGUCCGUUCCUUCGAGGCACCCUUAUCCCACACGAAAACUUUCGGUGCAACGUUCAACUCGAACCCAAGUCAAAAGUCACGAUCCCCUCGAUCAUUCCGAGCCUCGACUCUUGUCCGACAACGUCUGGACUCUUGUGUGAUUCGUUUUCAGGGCCGGCUAGUCUCGCCCCAGAUUCAACCUUUUCGAACCAGUCUCAAUCCUAGACGGAUCACAAGCUCAGCAGUGCUGCUCUUCUUGCCUGUUGUACUCUUUGAGAGGAUAUCGUUUAUAACUGUCCCCUCACUUUCCUCCUUGGUUCCAUCUGUCGACAAGGUCUUUUCCCAAGGCUCAUCACAGGGACUCAACAAGCCUUCGAUUCUUCUCUGGUCAAUAUCGAAAGCAAAGAGAAUCAGCCAAAAUGAGGUCUUCUCUUCUCCUGCUCUCCGGUGCCGCCGCGACCCUGGCCAGCCCCCUGAGGGCCCGUGAGGUCGACGUCGUCGUUGAAGUUGUGACGCAGACCACUGUCGUCGACGUUCAGUACACCGUCACCGACGUCGUUGCCGCCCCUGCCGCCACCCCUACCUCUACUGAGGUUGCAGUGGCUCCUGUCGUCACCGUCACCGUCGCCCCCAGCUCGACUGAGGAGGCUGGCAACGUCAAUGUGAUCGCUGCUCCCACCACUUCCUCCAGCUCUGUCGUGGUUGUUGCGGCCACCACUUCAGCGUCCUCUGCUGCCACCUCCCCUACCGACUUUGCCGGUAUCGCCGUGUACCAGCACAACAUCCACCGCGCCAAUAGCUCUGCGCCUGAUGUCACUUACAACGAUACGGCUGCUGGCUAUGCUGCCACCCUGGCUGCUCGCUGCGUCUUCGAGCACGACGUGACCAUUGGCGUCACUGACGGACAGGCGUACGGUCAGAACAUUGCCUACAUCGCAGGCAGUGACCUCACCACGGACAUCAACACCUUCCUCGCCUCCAGCAUCACCAACUCGUGGUUCGACAACGAGAUCGAGCUCUACCCCGGCUACGGCUCCGAGCCCGACAUGACUCUCUUCGACAGCUGGGGCCACUACUCCCAGGUCGUCUGGAAGGGCUCUAACUCCAUCGGCUGUGCCGUCCAGGCCUGCGAGGCGGGCACUCUGGACGCCGACUACCCGGGUUUCUUCUCCGUCUGCAACUACUGGCCUGCCGGUAACGUGGAGACCGAGUACGCCGACAACGUCCUUGCUCCUCUGGGCCAGGCCAACGUUUACAUCUCUUCUUAAGGAACAGUGGCGGUCAUCGAGUCUGCAUAGCCAAAUGAGGGGUGGGAAGGGAAUUGGGGGUUUCCCUGGUUCCCGAUCUUGUUUUAUCUUCCAUUCCAUCGCACUGGCGGCACAAGUCAAAUAUAUUCCUGAUUCCUUCAUAUGACACACGUGCAUCAAAAAUUCUACAAGCCGUCCUGGACACACAUUUGCGCCCCAACAUUUGUUUCUUUCGGCGUCUUGAAAGGCAUGCAUGCUUGUUCUGGCAUUACGACAAUGUGAAUCCUUCUAGGGAUAUGGAUGAUAACGAUGCCGGCCUAUGACAAUUAAGAUAGGAGAUGGACGCGAGACGGAAUAAAAGGGCGAGGAUAGGGACGGAAACUUUCGAGGGAGGGAGGCCACGUUGUUGUGCCUCUUGACGCCCGCACAACCACUUGAUUUCUUUAUUUUUUUGCUUUCGUUGGCGAGUCGCUUCUUCCUUUUCUCUCUUUUUAGCGCUCGACCCCCUCUUCAAAGAGCGUUGUUUUUCUUGCUAGAUGAACAAAGAAUCAAACUAGUGUCUUUCGGUGUAUAUAAUUGCUAUUUCCUAAUCAGGAAUCCAUAUUUUCACGAUCG